AGGGUCGAGCCGAAGGCAGCUUGCCCGCAGCCACUCGGAGGCGACCGGCGCCAGUCUAGCAGAACCCAUGGCAUCUCCCGGCUCCAGCUUUUGGUCCUUCGGAUCUGAAGAUGGCACUGGGGAUCCCGAGAACCCAGGCACAGCAAGAGCCUGGUGUCAGGUGGCCCAAAAGUUCACAGGCGGCAUCGGAAACAAGCUGUGCGCUCUGCUCUACGGAGACUCCGAAAAGCCAGCGGAGAGCGGCGGGAGCGUGACCCCGAGGGCUGCCACCCGGAAGGUCGCCUGCACCUGUGACCAAAAACCCUGCAGCUGCCCCAAAGGGGACGUCAACUACGCGUUUCUUCACGCAACAGAUCUGUUGCCGGCGUGUGAUGGAGAAAGGCCCACUCUGGCAUUUCUGCAAGAUGUUAUGAACAUUUUGCUUCAGUACGUGGUGAAAAGUUUCGAUAGAUCAACUAAAGUGAUUGAUUUCCAUUACCCCAACGAGCUUCUUCAGGAGUAUAAUUGGGAAUUGGCAGACCAACCGCAAAAUCUGGAGGAAAUUUUGACGCAUUGCCAAACAACUCUAAAAUAUGCAAUUAAAACAGGGCAUCCCCGAUAUUUUAAUCAGCUGUCUACUGGAUUGGAUAUGGUUGGAUUAGCAGCAGACUGGUUGACAUCAACAGCAAACACUAACAUGUUCACCUAUGAGAUUGCCCCUGUGUUUGUGCUACUAGAAUAUGUUACCCUAAAGAAGAUGAGGGAGCUCAUUGGCUGGCCAGGGGGCUCUGGUGACGGAAUCUUCUCUCCUGGUGGCGCCAUCUCCAACAUGUACGCCAUGCUCAUUGCCCGCUACAAGAUGUUUCCAGAAGUCAAGGAGAAGGGGAUGGCGGCUGUGCCCAGGCUCAUCGCGUUCACAUCGGAGCAUAGUCACUUUUCUCUCAAGAAGGGAGCUGCAGCCUUAGGAAUCGGAACAGACAGUGUGAUUCUGAUUAAAUGUGAUGAGAGAGGGAAAAUGAUCCCAUCUGAUCUUGAAAGAAGAAUCGUUGAAGUCAAACAGAAAGGAUUUGUUCCUUUCCUGGUGAGUGCCACAGCUGGAACCACUGUGUAUGGGGCUUUUGAUCCUCUCUUGGCUGUGGCUGACAUCUGCAAAAAGUAUAAGAUCUGGAUGCAUGUGGAUGCUGCUUGGGGUGGAGGGUUACUGAUGUCCCGGAAACACAAGUGGAAGCUGAGCGGUGUGGAGAGGGCCAACUCUGUGACAUGGAAUCCCCACAAGAUGAUGGGUGUCCCCUUGCAGUGUUCGGCUCUCCUGGUUAGAGAGGAGGGACUGAUGCAGAGCUGCAACCAGAUGCAUGCUUCCUACCUCUUUCAGCAAGAUAAGCACUAUGACCUGUCCUAUGACACGGGAGACAAGGCCUUGCAGUGUGGACGCCACGUUGAUGUCUUUAAAUUAUGGCUCAUGUGGAGAGCAAAGGGGACUACUGGAUUUGAAGCACAUAUUGAUAAGUGUUUGGAGCUGGCAGAGUAUUUGUACAACAUCAUAAAAAACCGAGAAGGAUAUGAAAUGGUGUUUGACGGGAAGCCUCAGCACACAAAUGUCUGCUUCUGGUUUGUACCUCCUAGUUUGCGAGUUCUGGAAGACAAUGAAGAGAGAAUGAGCCGCCUCUCAAAGGUGGCGCCAGUGAUUAAAGCCAGAAUGAUGGAGUCUGGGACCACAAUGGUCAGCUACCAACCCUUAGGAGACAAGGUCAACUUUUUCCGCAUGGUCAUAUCAAACCCUGCAGCAACUCACCAAGACAUUGAUUUCCUCAUUGAAGAAAUCGAACGCCUGGGCCAAGAUUUGUAAUCACCUCACUCAUCAAAUGGUUUCAGUUCUCUAGGUAGACAGCUAAGUUGUCACAAACUGUGUAAAUGUAUUUGUAGUUUGUUCCAGAGUAAUUCUAUUUCUAUAUCGUGGUGUCACAGUAGAGUACAGUUAAAAA